AUGGCCUCGAUGAGCAAGAGAACCCAGGCGCGGAAUGAGCGGGAGCUUCACGAGCUGCUCUCCGUGCCCGGGAAUUCCCAAUGCGCCGAUUGUGGUGCGAAGAACCCGGCGUGGGCGAGCUGGAAUCUGGGAGUCUUCCUCUGCAUGCGAUGCGCCUCCCUGCAUCGCAAAUUGGGCACUCAUAUAUCCAAGGUCAAGUCCCUGAGCAUGGACACUUGGUCGACAGAGCAGGUUGAGAACAUGAGGCGCAACGGCAACAACGCCGUCAACAAGAUCUACAACCCCAAGAACAAGAAGCCUGACAUGCCUCUCGAUGUGGACGAAGUCGACUCGGCCAUGGAAAGAUUCAUACGCAAGAAAUACCAGGAAAAGAGUCUCUCAGAUGGCAGGCCCCAACCUCCUCAGCGCGACGACGACUUACCUUCCAGUUAUUCCAGACCUCAAGGAGGAGAUCUGGAUUCUUCUCCACCUCCUCUACCUCCCAAGAAAGGCAAAUUCUUUGGUUUCGGUCUUCGUGCCUCGUCUUCCGCCUAUUCUCUGUCGAGGCAUGACAAGAAAAAGCAUCAGAAAGAGCCCCGAGUCGACAGCUCGUUCCGCAUUCCCACUGGAGACUACGAUUCAAGGAUGGACGAUGCACGCUUUGAGAUGACAGAUGCGGAAUUGCAAAAGAAGUUGGCUACAUUGCGAGACAUGGGUUUUACCGACACCGACCGCAACACGAGCCUGCUGCGCCGCUUGAAUGGGAAUGUGGAAAGGACCAUUGAGGCUCUAGUUCAACUUGGGGCGAAAGAAAAUGGCAAUACUGUUUCCUCCAGAAGACAGGGAUCGACGCCUGCUGCGAGUGAAGAGCCUACCUCCAGGCCUCAAGAGCAGUCGUACAACCCAUUUACUUCCAUAACUAACCAACAGACUGUUGGCCUUUCGCUGGCAAAGUCCCAGGAGCCCUCGACUCCAACCAGCGCUACGACUUAUGGCAGCAACAAUCCUUAUGCUCAGCCUAAUCGCAGCCCGCCCGAGACUGGAUUGGAACAGUCCUUUCAAUCCAUGCAAGUUUCUCAACCCUUGUUCCCUCACAGUACUGGGGGAUAUCCGAGCCAACCCGCUCCUUUACAGGAUUCCCGCUUUCAGUAUUCAAUGACGCCCCCAGUCACAUCGACGCAAUUCCAACAAGGCUAUGUGGCGUCACCAGCAGCGGUUCCGGUCGUCAGCAAUCCGUUCUUCCAGCCUCCCUCCGUGUCAGCUCAGUCCACAGGGAACAACCCGUUCCUUUCCCAGGUGCCUCCAUCUCCUUCAUCGAAUCCCUUCUUCAAUUCGCAGUCGCCUGGACAAUCAGCGCAAGGACAAUUACGGCAGAGCUCGCUCCCAGCGAAUCUCAAUCCCUUUGGGAUACCACCCUCCCAGUCUUCGCCCCCUCAAACGACACAGUAUGCCCAGUUGCAGCAACCUCAAGACCUCUUCGGUACUGCUCCUCAGAGUCAGCCGCAGCCGAACAACCCUUUCCAACAGCAAGGCAUACAGCAGCAGCAACAGUCUCAAAUGUCGAGUCCUCAAGUAUCUCAAAGUCAAUCUCCUUAUGCGAAUUUCCAAUACACCCAACCUCAGACACAACCCCAACCGCACACACAAACGCAAUCGGCGCCAAUGCCAAUGCCUCAAUUCCAGCAACAGCAGUUAUACUCUCAGCCACAAUUCUCUCAGCAGACUCAACAGACUUUGAUGCCCCAACAAACAGGCCGCUAUGACAAAGGUUCCAUUUUGGCCCUCUACAACUAUCCACAGCUCGCUCCUCAGCCGCUCGCUUCAAUUCCAGAACCUGUAUCCGAACAGCAGCACCAGCAGCAACAGCAACACCUGCAACAAACGCCUCAACAACAAGUCUCAUAUGCUUCAGCGGGUGAUAUAUUUGGCAACAGUCAUAUCUCGCCGGCGAAACGUAGUGCUACUAUGCCUGUGUCGCUGUCGAAUAUGCAUUCUGCUGGUGGGAGUGGGAAUCGAAACCCAUUCAUGACCAAUGUCUCCAGUGCUAACAUGAAUAACGUCAAUGCCAAUGGAGCUGUGAAUCCUUUUACUGGUGGCGGCGCCAGUCCAUUUGGAUCCCCUCCUCCAGGGCAGGCUGCUCAGAACCAGAGUUAUGGACAGAAUUUUGCGGCACCACAGCAGCCGUUUGGACAAGCGAUGAACAUGCCCAACGGUAUGGGGGGCGUGGGAGUACAAAGGCCACAGCAUGGCAUCGCAGCAAGGCAUGCCAGCGCAGAGAGCGUGAGUAUCAACAAUUUGGAAGCGGGAAGGCAUAGUCCCGACGCGUUUGCGAAUUUGAGCGCGAGAUAUAUGAGAUGA